CAGUCAAAAAAGAGCAGCCCGAUACUUCCACCGUCUUUUGUGGCAAUUAAAGAGAUGUUCCGACAUUACAGGAUUUUCGGGUCUGCUACAUGAACCGGAAAACCCCGGCUUCUUCCGAUAGGGACUGCUAUCUCGACUUGUUUUGUUUCAUCCGAUUCAUUUCGGACUUCAUGUUUUCGAAUAACUUUUCGAAAACCGUCUGCUUGUUCGAUGCAGACCUCGAUCAACUCCUAGAUGAUGCUGUUCAAAGACAUCUCUUCGAGGCUCUGAGGCAGAUGAUGCACCGUCCGUGGUGGAACCGGAUGUGGACAAUACGAGAUCGUCGUGCCAACAAAGGCCAGUAUGAUCUAUGGCUCAACAUUUUCACUGUGGGAGAUGUUUGUAAGCGCUGCAAAGGCUUCCAAUCUCAUAGCAGCCAAUCAGCCAUCUUCAAUUCCGUCCGAUUACAAGAAUGUCCUCCGGUAUUUCUCGCGCGUCAUUCUCGACAUCGACGAUAUGAGAGAGUGCUGGAAAAGGCGCGUUAGUAGGGACCUGAUUUCACUUUUAAGACGAUUCGGUAAUCGAGGUGCAACCGAUGAUAGGGACAGAAUCUAAGCCCUCCUUGGUAUAUGCACUGGCCGAACCCGGAUUCAACCUGACUAUACGGCCGAUGUAGCAUCGGUCUACAUGCAUGCAGCUUUAAGCAUCAUCAAUGAUGAAAGAUCGCUGGAUGUAUUAAUAGGCGACAUGGGAAG